UUUCUUUCCACAGGUUCUUGUUUACUAAACUUUUGUUUUAGGUAAAGAUUGCUCAUCAAAAGGUACUUGAUAAACUUGACACUUGGCUUUUUUGCUGAAGAAGAAGCUACAGGAUAAACUGCAGAAUUAUGCUUUCAAACUCUUCUUCUGUGGACAUAUUGACAUUGUCAUCGCUAGACCUUCAACCUACAUAUAUUUACCCAUCAUUUGUGUUUGGAACUCUUCUUUAUCUGAUUACUGUCUUUUGCAAUCUGCUGGUAUUGUUAACCAUUGCUGUGAGUAAAAAGCUCCACAAACCUAUGUUUAUUCUGCUGUUAAAUCUGCCAAUCAGUGACAUUGUGGGUGCAACGGCCCUUUUCCCUCACUUUCUUUUCAGCAUUAUUACUGAGAGCAGACUCAUUUCUUCUGAGGCAUGUAUCACCCAGGCUUUUUUCAUUCAUAUCUAUGGCACAGGUAAUCUGAUAAUCCUCAGUGCGAUGGCAUUUGACAGAUACAUCGCUAUAUGUUGUCCUUUAAACUAUAAUUCAAUAUUGACUUCCCAGAAUUUAAUGAGAAUCAUCUUUUUGGUAUGGUUUCUUAAUGUGUCAAUGAUACUCACCUUGUUCAUGCUAUUGUUUCGAUUCAAAAUUUGUAGGGCGGAUGUUGUAGAUUUAUUUUGUAACUAUCCAUCAGUGCUCAAACUAGUAUGCGGUGACAUCACUUUGAACAACAACUAUGGGCUGUUUACUUUAAUUGUUAUCAUGGGGGUUCCAUUGAUGAUUAUAUUGUACACCUAUGUACAGAUCUUGGUCACAUGUAUGAUGACAAAUAACCCAGAUGGCAGGAGAAAAGCCCUUCAAACAUGUUGUACACAUGUGCUCGUGUUUCUUGUGUUGCAGAUCAAUUCAAAUGCUGCUUACAUCCUUCAUCGAAGUCAAAGUAAACUAACAGUUUUAAGAAAGGCUUUUGGAUUCUCUGUUAUACUUUUCCCUCCCUUUUUAGACCCUUUAAUUUAUGGACUGAAUACCAGAGAACUGAGACAAUGUAUAAUAAUGUUUCUGAGAAGAAAUGCGGGUUCAACAAAGUAG